AAGAGUUGGUGAAGGAGCGACUAAUGGCGGCGGCUGAGGAAAUAUUCGGGCUAUUUGAAAGAACGAUAGCGUCGUACGAGGAGGAACUUUCUCGAACGAGAGAAGACAGCUGGCGGCGUCGACAACAACAGGAAGCAGUUAGCAAUACUCACGUUGUGCGACACGUUGAGGAUGUCCAGCAGGUGACUAUUCGUCAAGAAGAACGUCCUCCUCGGCGACAGCGGGGGAGCUCCACCCUGAAGCAGGAGGAUCCCCAGCCCCCCACCGUUAAAGAGGAAGAGGAGGAAUGGAUCACUCAGGAGGGAGAGUCUCUCGCUGAUCUCGCCAAGUUGCCACUGAUUGUUGUCUCUGUGAAGACUGAAGACCAUGACGACAAACCUCUCGAGUCCUCACAGCUUCAUCAAAGUCCAAGUGAGGGGGAGAAAGGAGGGGCCGAGGCCCCAGGCAGCAGCUCACCACAGUACAUGACAACAGAAGCUGAUGGAGACCGCUGUGGAGGAUCACAAGCAGACAACCUCUUAGCGCCGCUAUCAGAUAGUGAGGCUGAAGAUGGGGACGAAACCCAAGAACCUUUGAGAAGCGACAACAAACACUCUAAAAAGAAGACUUGUAAAGAACGUUUUACCUGCUCAGUUUGUGCUAAAAGCUUUUCUUCUAAGAGGGAUUUGACUCAACACAUGAGAACACAUACAGAAGAAAACCCUUUUGGUUGCUCAAUAUGCGGCAAACAAAUGUCUCGAAAGUCAAGUAUCAUCACACACAUGAAGACGCACCUGCCGGAAAAACCUUUUACUUGUUCGGUUUGUGGGAAAGGAUUUACUCAAAAGGCACAUGUGGUGUCGCACAAAAGAACACACACGGGAGAGAAACCCUUUAAAUGCUCAGUUUGCGAUAAAAGAUUCUCUCACCGCUCAACGAUGGUUUCCCACGCAAGAACGCACACAGGAGAAAAACCCUUCAGUUGCUCAAUCUGCAGCAAAAGAUUUAAUCAAAGGCCACACAUGCUGUCACACAUGAAAACGCACAGCGGAGAAAAACCCUUUGGCUGCUCGGUUUGCGAGAAAAGAUUCUAUCACCAUUCAACUUUGGUGUCGCAUAUGGCAACGCACACGGGUGCAAAACCGUAUAUUUGCUCAGUUUGCGGGGACAGCUUUUCUCGAAAAAGCAAUGUCACUCAACACAUGAAAAUGCACAUGGGAGAAAAACCUUUUAACUGCGCAAUUUGCGGCAAAACGUUCUCGAAAAAGCCCAACAUGCUAUCGCACAUGAGGACACAUACGGGAGAAAAGCCUUUUAGUUGUUCAGUUUGUGAGAAAAGCUUCUCCAAAAAGACAAACAUGGUGUCGCACAUGAGGAUACACACAGGAGAGAGACCUUUUAUUUGCUCAAUUUGUGGCGAGAGAUUUGUCGACAAGGUCUCUUUGAUUGCACACAAAAGCAGGCACACCGGAGAAAAACCCUUUGAUUGCUCAGUCUGUGGUAAAAGCUAUUCUUAUAAGAAGACGUUGAAGACACACAUGCGGACACACGAAUAUUGUGCAAAAGUGUUUUGAUUAAAGGGGCUGAAUGCAGACCAAGAUACAAUUAAAGCCUCAGAAAGGUUUGCAGUUAAUUUGCUGUUGACAUUGAGAAACAGUGGUUUGCGAUAUUGAGCUUUUUUGACAAUUUUUCAAAUUUCAUGAGAUACAGCAGAACCUCGACUAGCGUCACUACUUCAUAUCCAGAUGGUCCAAUUCUCAAUUUUUCCCAUCAGAAAUAAGGUAAAUCCAAUGAAUCCAUUCCAGACAUCCAAAAAUGUUAAAACAAGCUGUUUUUGUAGUUUUCAAUUGUAGUUUGACAUUCGGAAAUGCAUGUAAAUUAUGAAAGGGUUAAAUGAAUGUUUGAGGUUACUUUUACCUUCAUUGGGACUGAAAGCAUGAAGGUGGUGGAGGUUGGUCUCGCUGCCGCAUCGUGUCUUUGGCAACAGUCACCUCUUCAUUGAAGGUAAAAGUAACCUUAAAUAUGAAUUCCUCUUUCAUUUGUCAUUGAUAAGCAUUUCGGGUUGUUUUAUACACGUAAAACUACAAUUGUAAAACUAUUAAAACGUGUUUUGUGUUAACAUUUUUGAGAGUCAAGCGCUGAUGACAUCACAGACGGGCCACGUGACUUUUCCUGUUCUGGUUACCAUUUUGUUUAGCUGGCAUGCUUACAAGGAAGGACGUUUUGUGAAUUAAAGAAAUAAAAAGGAAACAUUAAGUACACUGUUGGACUCACGCGGUGUCUUAACAACACAACAAGACGUGAGCCAAAUUCUACACCAACCGGAGAAUGCAUGCAAACUGAGGCAAAAUUGUAAAUUUUCGACGUUAACCGAAAAGACGCUAACCAAGGUUCCACUGUGUAUAUAUUUACUGCUCUUAAAAUAAAGGGAACACAUCCAUAACACAUCCUAGAUCUGAAUUAAUGAAAUAUUCUUGUGAAAUACUUUUGUCAUAACAUAGCUGAAUGUGCUGGCAACAAAAUCACACAAAAAUUAUCACUGGAAAUCAAAUUUAUUAAUCCAUGGAGGUCUGGAUUUGUAGUCAUGCUCAAAAUUAAAGUGGAAAAACACACCACCUGUUGUGUUUUCCAUUUGCUCAACAGAUUGUAAAAUUGAUUGUCAAUCUGUGUUGCUUCCUAAAUGGACAGUUUGAAUAAUGGUGCAGCACUUUUGAUGUGUGUGUGUAUGCAUAUAUAUACAGUAUAUUUAUGUAUACAUAUGUUUUCCUGUUACACAUGGUGUUGAUAUGUUUUCUGUUUAUUGCAUAUAUGAAUGUAAAACGUCUCUGAAUGUUUUAACAGUUUAGAUUUUUUUUUUUAAAUA